AUGUCUUCCACUUCCAAAUCAUCCAAGGUUAUUGAACAAGAACACCAAAGAUAUAAAUAUAAAUCCAUUCCUAAACCUUUGUUACUUUCCGUUGUCUUAGGUUGUAUAGCUUUCGGCUUUUACGUCAUGGGUUUAGGUAAUUUCAUUGAUAAACAUUUUGGUGGUGGUGGUAGCAAGUCUGGUCCAAGUGAACAUUUUGGACAUGGAGGUGGACAUGGGAGUGUUGGAGGUGGGAAGAGGGUAGUAGGGUAUUUCGUAAACUGGUCAGCCAUAUUCCUAAAUUUACAUGCGGCAAAGGACUUUAGGCUGAAUUUCGUGCUAUCACCUUUGGAUAGGGGUAUUUACGGGAGAAAGUAUUUCCCUCAACAGAUCCCCGUUCAAGAUCUCACUCAUAUCAAUUACGCUUUUGCCAAUGUCAAUAAAGAGACAGGCGAAGUUUACUUGAGUGAUAGUUGGGCUGAUGUCGAGAUCCACUUCGACGGCGAUGGAUGGGACGAACCUGGAACAAACCUUUAUGGAUGUUUCAAGGCUAUUUAUCUGUUGAAGAAGCAAAAUAGAAACCUCAAAGUAUUGCUCUCUAUCGGAGGCUGGACUUACUCUCCUAACUUCGCCAAUAUCGUCAGUCAUUCCUGGAGAAGAAAAUUCGUCGAGACCGCUGUCAAGCUCGUUGAAGAUCUCGGUAUCGAUGGCCUCGAUAUCGACUAUGAAUUCCCCACAACAUCCGAACAAGCUGAAGCUUACGUCUCACUCGUGGCGGAAGUUCGAAAAGGUCUUAUCAAGCUUGCUCAAGACAACCAUCAACCUAUCACGCAAUACGAGCUCACCGUCGCCGCUGCUUGCGGUAUGCAAAAUAUGAAGAUCCUCAGAGCUAAAGAUAUGGAUGCGUCUCUGGAUUUCUGGAAUUUGAUGGCAUAUGACUUCGCCGGAUCAUGGGACCAAGUUGCAGGCCAUCAAGCUGGGCUUUACGCUGAUGAUCCCGAAGCCAACUCGGUUGAUAAAGCUGUACGAUUCUAUAAUCUUCAAGGUAUUGACAAAAGCAAGCUUGUCAUUGGUAUGCCUCUUUACGGUAGGGCUUUCGCUAACACCGAUGGGAUCGGGCUUCCCUUUCACGGCGUCGGUGAAGGAUCUUGGGAAGCUGGAAUGUGGGAUUACAAAGAUCUCCCUCAACCUGGUGCUCAAGAAAUCAACGAACCUCGUCUCGGAGCUUCUUACAGUUAUGACGCCCAGAAACGACUCUUGAUCAGUUACGACACCCCCGCUAUCGCUCAGCAAAAAGCGAGAUACAUCAACUCUGAAGGGUUGGGCGGUGCGAUGUGGUGGGAGCUCGACGCGGAUAAGAAUGCCAGUACCGGUAAGAGCUUGGUCAGGAUCGUGAAAGAUGAACUUGGUCAACUGGAACAAAAGAAGAACGAGCUGGAUUAUCCCAAGAGCAAGUAUGAUAAUCUCAGAGCAGGUAUGCCUGGACAAUAG